GUUAGCUAAGCGGAACUAUCUGCGCAUGCGUGUGUCUGUCAGUAGGUUUCACAUGAUGUCGGUUCACCUUGAAAACAGACAGAAAUCCUCUCCGUGGUCCUGAUCUGGGUUCUGACAAUGCCGGCGGGUGUGUCCUGGCCUCGGUAUCUGAGGAUGUUCACGGCCAGUGUUGCUUCCAUGUUUGCAGGAGCUCAGGUGGUCCAUCAGUAUUACCUGCCUGAUCUGAGUAUUCCAGAGAUCCCUCCGAAACCUGGGGAACUUCAGACUGAACUUCGAGGAUACAAACUGAGAGAAGAAGCAAUUGCGACUUUGGAGAAGCUCAAAUCUGAGCAUAAACUGGACUGAAAACGUUGACAGCGUCCACGGGUCUGAACAGACUGAUUCUGGACCUGAGGAGGCGUCAAGCACAGACUCACACUCAAAGGUUGAUGUGUCAGUGGUUCUUUAUAAAUAUGUCUGAGUUAAAUGUAAAAUGAGUGAUGAUGUGAACAACAGCUGUAACUGUUCAGAUGUCAAACUUUCUGUGUAAAAAUGAUGAAUUUAUUUGAAAUAAAAGUCAAAAACUAAACUUCUGUCAAUACUUUA